AUGCCUUCAUCAUUUACUUCAACCUGUUCCAACUCAGAAGUAGACAGUCUUAAAGAUCUUCUCGAAAACGAGGAAGUCAGAUAUGUUCGGAAAGGAUAUGGUCUGAUCACAGCUAUCAUUAUGGUUGCGUUCAGUUAUUUUAUCCUUCCUUCCUUCAUGCUCCCAAUUUACAAGCUUCUCCCCUACGAAAACAAAUAUAUGAUGUAUGGAGGGGGAUGUGUCAUUAUCCAUGAACUCACAUAUAUUCUCGCUAAUCUUGUGAUGUACUUAAUUUACCAUGCUGAAUUGCCAUUUUUUGAGCGCUAUAAAAUUUCGAAUGACCCAUGGCCAUGGAAGAAAAACCCAGAACUCUGGAAGGUGCAGCUAAAAAAGACUAUUAAAAAUUUGCUGUUUAAUAAUCUUAUUGUGGUUCCUCUGGUGGCUUCUCCAUCAUUCUUUAUUGAGCCUAGCAUUGAAACAUCAAUUGAAGCUUUUCCUACAUGAAAACAAUUAAUUCCUCAGACAAUAUUUUUUAUGCUGGUAGAAGACACAACAUUUUAUUGGCUUCACCGUCUCCUUCACACUCCAAGAUUUUAUGGAGCAAUACAUAAAAAGCAUCAUGAGUAUAUCAAUACAAUUGGAAUUGCUUCAGAAUAUGCACAUCCCUUACUCCCCCUCAGUGGGUGAGCAAAACUAUUAGAAAAAUCGCUACUUUUUGCCCAAAAACCCACCUUCCGCGAGCGAAUAAAAUUUUUCUAAUAGAAAAAUAUUUUAUGGAAAAAAAUUUUGAUAUAUAAGUGAUACUUAGUAUAAUGAAAUCUCGAGCUAAUUCUGUUUAAUUCUAAACAAAUUGCGUUUUAAAAACAUUAAUUUUAUAAUUUGCUCUCUAAUUUUUGGAAUAAGGAUUGUUUUAAAUUUCGAAAAAAAAUUCUAUAAAAUUUGUAUAUAAAUUUUUUUUAAAAAAAAUUCACCCCUCCGUGAGCGAACAAAAUUUUUUUGUUCACUCACGGAGGGAAAGGGAGUUAGAAUUUGCUUUUGGAAAUUUACUGCCAGCAGCUAUAGGGCCUUUGCUACUUGGAAAUUGUCAUAUAUAUACAAUUUAUAUGUGGAAUGUAAUCAGAUUGUUAGAAACAACUGAUGGGCAUUCAGGAUAUGAUUUUUCAUGGAGUGCUUUUAGGCUAUUGCCAUUUUCUGGAAGUGCCAAUUAUCACAAUUUUCAUCACUCUCACAAUGUGGGGAAUUAUUCUUCAUUUUUUACAUACUGGGAUACAAUUUGUAAGACCAACACCCAUUACUGGAGGUAUCUCUCUGCAAAAGAGAAAAGUGAAUAA